AUGGUAUUAUGGCAGUAUUUGGCUUGCAGCAGACAAGGCUCUAAGAAUUUUAUACCUGGUCAUACAUCCCAAUCAACUGAAGUGUCUGUUAAGAAGCGUAGGUGUCGGUCAUUUAGGUGUGAAUGUCUUGCUAAGCUCAACUUGAGAUAUUUUUCAGAUGGCAUGAGCAGAGGGUGUGAGGUUUAUCAGUUUGUUGAGUAUCAUAAUCACUUAAUGGUUGCGAAUGAGCAUAGGCAUUUUAUGAUGGCCAAUCGCAGUCUGGAUCCUAUCCAUCAGAGGUUUAUGGAGGAUUGUGGCAGGUGUAAUAUUGGUUCCACUCUCACAUUCAAACUUUUGAAGGAGAUAAUGGGUGGACCUGAAAAUGUUGGAUAUGCUCAAAUGAUUUUUGAUUAUAUGCGUUCUCAAAAGGAAUCAUCUGAUGCCUUCUAUUAUGAAAUUGAGAUAGGAUCACAUGGAAAGUAUUGCAUGAUUUUUGCUCCGUUCACUGGAAAAGAUAACCAUUCCAGAGCAGUUACAUUUGGAGCUGGCUUGUUAUCAAGUGAAGCACCCAAAUUGAUUAUCACUGAUCAAGAUUGCGGGAUCAAACUUGUUGUUCAACAAGUACUUUUACAAACAAGGCACCGAUGGUGCAUGUGGCAUAUUAUGGUUAAGGUGUCAGAUAAGCUCCCCAAAUCCUUGCUUGGUAAUGAAGAUUUCAAAAAAGAGUUGAAUGCAUGUGUUUGGUCUGAUUUGUUAGAGCCUGAUGAGUUUGAUAUAAUAUGGAAUGAUAUAAUGGAACGGACUACAUCGAUGUCUGAAUCAGAGAAUAGCUUUUUUAAAAACUACACAAAGCCUCGUGCAAAUCUUGUACAGUUCAUCAAUUUCUUUAACUGUGCUGUGGGAGAUCAAAGGAAUGCCAAUUCACGAUUGAACUACUUGGAUUACUCAACUAUUCCUGAUUUGUCAACCCAAUUGCCUAUUGAGAAGCAUGCAUCUACAAUCUACAUUGAUUCUUUUUUCAAACAUGUACAACAAGAAAUAAGUAUGAAUAAGUCUGCUAAUAUCAUUCCAUCUGAAGAGCAACAACCAUCUGAGAAAUAUUUUGGUCGAAGGUGGUUGAAGAGCUCUUUACUAAAGGCGGCCCAUGGUCUACCAUCUGAGGAGCAACAACCAUUUGAACAUUUGGAUGAAAAGCAGGAAGUUAAGAAAAAGUUGUUCACCAACUUUUAUCAAUUAGUCCAAAAGUCUGAGGGAAGUAUGGAUCAUCUGUCUUUGUUAUGUGCUGGUCUUGAUGAUUUGGAAGAGCAUAUAUUUUGA